AUGAACCACGUAAAGGCCCUCAACGAUUCCACCGGACAAACCAUUCAGGAGACCGUUGGACCUACUUUGGAUAUCUUCACACCAUACCUUGUCAAGAACAAAGAUGCGAUAUUCGCCAUCACUCAACAAGAGGAGCAUUACGGCCCCCAUGCCCAGCAAAAGCUAGGCAUUUAUCGCCCCCCUCAAACAAUGCAUAACUCUCCUGUCCUAGUCUUUCUCAAUGGAGGCGAAUUCUUAGGUGGCGACAAAACCUCUGCCAACGGACUGCUCUAUCACAAUGUCGGCUCAUUCUUCGCUAGGAAGGGCAUUAUCACUGUCAUACCAGGUUACCGGCACACGAGUGCUUCCCCUGGAGAAGAAGCCACAUUUCCUUCUGGCGGAGAAGAUGUCUCCUUGGUCUUGAAAUGGCUUGAAUCUUUCGACCACAAGGGUUCUGCCAAUGUUUUCAUUAUGGGAAGCUCGACAGGAGGCGUACAUUUGUCCAGCUUCAUACUAGGCCCACAGUUCCUUGAGCAGAGAAGAGCAUUGGCAAGUGGCAAGAGCGGUAUCGUUUUUAAAGGCGCCAUCGAGCUGGGGGUCCCAUUUCAUUUCAAAUCAACGACGGAAGUGGACCACGCAACAGCUUUGAAAAGUUAUUAUGGAUCACAGGAGGAUGUUGAGAGAAAGUGCCCCCUAGGCUUGCUCGAGGCUGUAAGGGAAACAGGGAUGUCUCGUGAAGACACGGCUGUCCCUAAAGUACUGUUACUUUUGGGAGAAUUUGAUUCUGAGGCCGAAAUCGCACAGCCGAUGCACGACUUUGCUGCUUUACGAACAAAUACCUGGGGCAACGGUGUAGAAUUCAAGGUUAUCAAGGGACAUAACCACAUCAGUCCGCUACUGGCUCUAAUGUCGGGUGACGUGGAAGGUGAAAGAUGGGGCGAGGAGGUGGUGGAAUGGAUACAACUCCUGAACCAGCAGCCAUAA